CACUGAUUCCCUCGCAAUCCUCCAUUCAGAGCACGCAAAGCACACAACACGAGCAGCUCGGGACAAUCAAUCCAAUCAAUGGCGGUGUCGAAGAGGCUCGCGGCGGCGGCGCUGCUGGUGCUGCUCGCGCUGGCGGCGCCCGCGGCCGCCAAAACGACGCGGGAGGCCGCCGAGGCGGCGUCCGCGGCGAAGACGACGCCGGGCGGCGCGGAGGUGGCGCCGGGCAAGGAGGAAGAGUCGUGGACGGGGUGGGCCAAGGACAAGAUCUCCGAGGGGCUGGGGCUCAAGCACCACGCCGACGAGGAGGAGGCCGCCCGCAAGGCCGGGCACACCGUCAAGUCCGCCCGCGAGACCGUCCAGCACACCGCCUCCGAGACGGGGAGGCAGGCGAGCGGCAAGGCUUCGGACGCCAAGGAGGCGGCGGAGCAGGCGGCGACCGGGGCGGCCAACAAGGCGGGGCAGGCCAAGGACAAGGCGGCGGAGACGGUGAAGGGCACGGCCGGCGAGGCGUCUAAGAAGGCGGAGCAGGCCAAGCACAAGACCAAGGAGACCGCGGAGGCGGCCGCCAAGACUGGCGCCAAGACGCACGAGCGGUCGAAGCAGGGCAAGGCCAAGGUUGAGGAGACGGCCAAGGAGAAGGCCGGACAGGGGUACGAGACUCUGAAGCAAACCAAGGACGCGGCCGCCGAGAAGGCCGGCACCGCCAAGGACACGGCUGCGGAAAAGGCUGGCCAGGGGUACGAGACGCUGAAGCAGUCCAAGGACGCCGCCGCCGAGAAAUCCGGCGGCGCCACGCAGACGGCCGCGGAGAAGGCAGCGGCAGCCAAGGACGCCGCCGCGGAGAAAGCCGGUGGCGCCACGCAGACGGCCGCUGAGAAGGCAGCGGCUGCGAAGGACGCAGCCGCGGAGAAGGCCGGCGCCGCCAAGCAGACGGCAGCAGAGAAGGCAGCGGCAGCGAAGCAUGCCGCCACCGAGAAGGCCCGCGCCGCGAAGGACGCGGCGUGGGAGACGACGGAGUCCGCCAAGGACGCCACAUGGCAGGCGCAGGAGAAGCUGAAGCAAUACAACGACGUCGCGUCGGAGAAGGCCGCGAACGUGAAGGACGCCGCUGCGGAGAAAGCCGGCGCGGCCAAGCAGACGGCCGCGGAGAAGGCAGCGGCAGCGAAGGAUACCGCCGCGGAGAAGGCCGCGGCCGCCAAGGAUGCCGCGUGGAAGAACGCCGAGGCGGCCAAGGGCACUGUCGGGGAGAAGGCAGGGGCGGCCAAGGACGCCACGUUGGAGAAGACGGCGUCGGCUAAGGACGCCGCGUGGGAGACGGCGGAGGCGGCCAAGGACACGACCUGGGAGACGGCGGAGGCGGCCAAGGGGAAGGCCAACCAGGGGUACGAGAAGGUGAAGGAGAAGGUUGGGGAGGUGAAGGACAAGGUCACCGGCGCGGCAGCCGACGGCAAGGGCAAGAAGCACCGCAAGGACGACGAGCUGUGAAUGAGCACCACCCCUCUGCAUUUCUUGCCACAGUUCUUCCAUGAAUGUUUUCAGUGUUCGAGCUAGUCUUUUUUUCCUUGCGCUGUUCCUCUUGUACAAUAAUGUGACCAUCUGUAGAGAACCCUCCACGAUCAAACAAGUUCCUUUUGAAAAAUUUGUUGUCCUGAAUCUUUUUACAAAUUU